AUGUGUCUAUUCCGUGAUGCGAUCAUCUUUUGUGAUGUGAAAAUUUAUCUAUCUAUCUAUCUAUCUAUCUAUCUAUCUAUCUAUCUAUCACAUCUGUACAUUAUCUAUCUAUCUGUCUGUCUGUCUGUCUAUCACAAUCUGUUUGUAUCUAUCUAUCCAUCUAUCGAUCGAUCUAUUUCAAUUUGUACAUUAUCUAUCUAUCUAUCUAUCUAUCUAUCUAUCUAUCUAUCUAUCACAGUCUGUUCGUAUCUAUCUAUUUACCACAUCCUGUUCAUAUCUAUCUAUCUAUCUAUCUAUAGAUAUAAUCUGCAAUUACGAAGAGUGGAUUUUGCAACUGUUCCAAUUAUUUUGUCCAACCCCCGUAUCUAUCUACCACAUCUUUCUAUCUAUCUAUCGAUCGAUCGGACUAUUUCAAUUUGUACAUUAUCUAUCUAUCUAUCUAUCUAUCUAUCUAUCUAUGUUGAUAGCUCAAUGAUUGAAACCAAAAAAAAGCUCUCUGUUUCCACCUCUCUCUCUCUCUCUCUCUCUCUCUCUUUCAACCUCUCUCUUUCCAAUUCUUACUCUUUCCAACUCUCUCUUUCCAUCUCUCUUUCUAUCUACCUUUCUCUCUUUCUCUCUUUCCACCUCUCCCUCUUUCCACCGUUUCCUCUUUCCAACUCUCUGUCUUUCUACCUCUCUGUCUUUUUCCUCUCUCAACCCACCUGUCUCUUUCCACCGCUCCCUCUUUCCACCUCUCCCUCUUUCCACCUCUCUCUUUUCACCUCUGUCUUUCUACCUCUCUCUUUCCACCUCUCACUCUUUCCACCUAUUCCUCUUUCCACCUCUCUCUUUUCACCUCUAUGUCUUUCCACCUCUCUCUUUCCACCUCUCCCUCUUUCCACCUCUCUGUGA